UGGCUAUACUAAGGUUCGGUGGAUUAACUUCAUAACUAGCUACUGCUAUAUCGAGUUCUGCUCUGUGUUCACUGUGUCCGUGGUUCUGGAAUAGUAUCUGAUAGCAUUUUCACAAGGACAUGUACAACUGGCUGUUGCUGGUGUUGUCACUAGCUGCUGUCUCCAGUGGCAAAAAAUAUUACAUUGUACCGGUGAAUUGUAUCGACUUGUGUCAUGACUAUAGAAACGGAACUUGUUUCACUCUUGAGCAGCUUGUUCAAACAGACCUCUUAUCUGGUGGAGACAAUAUCAUCUUGAGCUUUCUACCUGGAGAUCACAUGUUAAAUGAACAGCUUUUGAUUGGGAAUUUCAAAGAGGUGCUUAUUAUCGGCCAAAAAGCUACUAUCAAUUUUAACGAAACUGGUAGUUUGCAGGUAUCCAGUAUCAGUAAGUUGAUUAUUGAAGGUUUGUAUUUCGAUGUAGCAAAUGAUGAAAAUAUUUCAAGCAUGGUCAGUUUUCAAAAGGUGUUAAUCACUGAAUGCUAUUUAGUAGACUUGAAAUUGCUGAAGUUGGAAAGUUGCACACUCCGGAUCACUCGCACGGUAGAUAUAACGAUUGAACAAGUUCUCUUUGUGAACAACACUGGCACUGACAGAGCAGUACAUAUUGAAGCUGAUAAUGUGUACAUCGAAAAGAGCUGCUUCUUUAGUAGCAAUGGUGGUGCAGUUCACAUUCACUCAAAUCAAAUUGUUAUUAACGAUUCUAGGUUUAAUUCCAAUACUGCUGAAAGGGGUGGAGCUGUGGAGGUGGUUUCUGCAAAUGUGAGUAUCAGUUUUUGCAACUUUACAGAUAAUAGCGCUUCUCGAUUUGUUGGUGGAGCAAUUUAUGCAGAGACAGGUAGUGUGUUAAUUUACGGCUGUGAGUUUUCUAAAAACAGUGCUACUACAACUGGUGGAGCAGUGGAGGUAGUCUCUGCAAAUAUGAGUAUCAGUUUUUGCAACUUUACGGAUAAUAUCGCUUAUCAAAUUGGUGGAGCAAUUUACGCCUCCAAAGGUAGUGUAUCCAUUUAUAAAUGUGAGAUACUAAACAACAGUGCUGACUCUAAUGGUGGAGCAAUUUACGCCGACAAAGGUAGCAUGUCCAUUUACAACUGUGAGAUAACAAACAACAGUGCUGCAUAUGGUGGAGCAGUGGAUGUGGUCUCUGCAAAUGUUACUAUCAGUUUUUGCGACUUUAUGGAUAAUAGCGCUUCUGAACUUGGUGGAGCAAUUUAUACCGACGCUGGCAGUAUGUCUAUACACAACUGUGAGCUAACAAACAACAUUGCCAAAUUUGGCGGAGCAAUUUACCCCUACAAUAGCAGUGUGUCCGUUUACAACUGUCAGCUAACAUACAACAGUGCUGAUACUGAUGGUGGAGCAAUUUACGCCAACAGAGGCAGUGUUUCCAUUUACAACUGUGACCUAACAAACAAUAGUGCCGAGGAUGGAGCAGCAAUGUAUAGCAAUGGUGGCAGUGUCUCAAUCUCCAACUGUGAGCUAGCACACAACAAUGCUAAAAGAUCAGGAGGAGUUAUUUUCGUUUUCAUCGGAGAUUUGUUAUUAUCUUGUAGCAAUCUAACAAACAAUAAAGCAACCCUUGGUGGAGCGAUUACAAUUUCCCAAAGUAGUGCAUUUAUCUCAAACUGUAAUCUAACGGAAAAUAAAGCUGUAGCUGCUAGUGGACAGGCUGUUACCAGUACCAGUAUUGGUGGAGCGGUUUUAGUUCAUGGUGGAAAUAUAUCUCUCUCCAAGAGCAUGUUAAUAAACAACAGCGCUGACUGUGGCGGAGCGAUCGUUUCUCUUGAGAGCAAUGUAAUCAUUUCUGACUCCGUGUUUACAAGCAACAGUGCGACCCAACAAGGUGGAGUGAUUGCAGUUGCUAUCUCAACUUUGAGAAUUUCUAAUACAAGCAUGAUGGGCAAUUUAGAGGGUGAAGAUGUCAUUUACGUAGUGCAUUCUAAUCUGGCAUUUGUGGGAGUUAACAACAUUAGCAAUAAUAAAAAUCCUGUAUAUGCUCUAAGCAGUCGAGUGGAGUUCAAUGGACCCACAACUCUCAGUAACAAUCGUGGUGUGCAGGGUGGAGCCAUCAGAGCAGUUCGGAGUAAAAUCUAUAUCAAUGCAGAAGGAGUGGUCAUUUCUAACAAUACAGCAACCUUUGGAGGAGGUGUGUUUCUGAGAGAGAGUACACUCUUUGUACACGAUCCCAUAGAGAUUUCUUACAAUACAGCACAAAAUGGUGGUGGAAUUUAUGCAUACAAAAGUGAAAUUGGAUUUGAUCCACAGGGUACUAUUGGUUGUGAAAUUAAUAAUCCACUCAUCUUGUGUACAUGUAGUAUCAUGAAAAUUAGAUUGUCUGAAAGUAUUAUAGAUCGAAAUGAAGCUCAAAAUGGGGGAGGUAUUUAUGCUGUCGCUUCAAACAUCGACGUUUUUUCUCAUGCUUACGUCCACAUCAAGUCAAACUCAGCAAACAACAGUGGAGGUGGAAUAUAUCUACAGCGAAGUUCCAAAAUUUAUAUUUUGAAAAAAGAAGUGGAGCUCGAACUUGGUAAAAUGCUGGUUGAACUAGUAAUAUUCGAUAACACCGCUCAGUAUGGAGGGGGGAUAUUUGUAGCAGACAGCACCGAAAGUGGUGCAUGUAUAGGAGAUAAUGUAACUAUGGUAGGAGAAGUGACGCAAACAGAAUGCUUCAUUCAAACUCUUAAUCUGCAUGGUUUUAACACUAAUCUUCUUUAUACUUUGACUAAAAAUUUCCAAUUACGUGAUAAUUCAAAAUGCCUGACCAGCAGCCAACAAAUUUAUCGCAACACAUUUUUGACUAACAACACAGCUUUCCAGUCAGGAGCAGAUAUUUAUGGAGGCUUGUUGGACAGAUGUACGGUGGAUGUAUCAGCCGAAUUCUCUUCAUCGGGCAAUGGAUUUGAGUACUUGAACAAUACUGUGCUUUUCUCAUCAAUAGCUUCGGAGGCUGUUAGAGUACAAGUUUGUAACACCACCAAGCAGGCCAUUUCUGUUAGAAAAGGACGAAAGUUCACGGUGAGUGUUAUGGCUGUAGACCAAGCUGGAAAUCCAGUUAAUGGUACAAUUCGAAGCUCUGUUAUCACUGAGAGUGGAGUUGGUCGUUUCAAAGAAGGACAGGCUGAGCAAAAAGUUGGCAAUAGGUGCACAGAAUUAGAGUACAAUGUAUUCUCACAAGACCACUUUACUCAAGUUGAACUCUAUGCUAAUGGUCCAUGCAACAAUUUGGGAAUUUCAAGACAAAUUCUAAACAUCUCUUUUCAAAAGUGUGAAUGCCCUAUUGGACUCCAACCAAUUCCGUCCUCAAUUGAGUGCAAAUGUGACUGUGAUCCAGUCUUGCAACAAGAAUAUCAGAUAACAAACUGUUCCGAGGAAAAUGGAACUAUAAAAUUGGAAAGUAAUAGCAAUAUAUGGAUAGGAGUCACUAAUACCACCAACCGAACAGGAUAUGUCGUUAGUAACUGUAUAUUUGACUAUUGUGUACAAAAACCAGUCAAUAUAAGCCUAAGCAACCCUGAUGAACAGUGUGCCUACAAUCGAAGUGGUGUCUUGUGUGGAGAAUGUGAACCAGGACUUAGUCUUGUGUUAGGUACGUCAAGGUGUGAACUAUGCUCAAACAUUUACCUUCUCCUGAUAUUUCCGUUUGCCCUGUCAGGCAUAUUACUAGUUGCAUUUAUUCUUUUUUUCAACUUUACCAUAGCAACUGGUACUAUCCAUGGGCUGAUCUUCUACACUAAUAUAUUAGCUGCAAAUCAGUCGAUUUUCAUACCUUUUCAGAACGCUUUGACAGUUUUCAUAUCAUGGGUGAAUCUUGACUUAGGUAUUGAGACAUGCUUUUAUGACGGAAUGGACUCUCAAGCAAAAGUGCUCCUUCAACUUGUCUUCCCAGCUUACCUGUUUCUUCUCCUCUUCUUAAUAAUCAUCUUGAGCAAGUACUUUAACUCAUUUGCAAAGCUCCUCUCCAACAGGAACCCAGUUGCUGCCUUAGGCACACUCAUCCUACUCUCUUAUUCCAAACUCUUAUGGUUUAUCAUUGCUGCAUUGCAAUACAGGGUCUUGGAUUAUCCUGAUGGUGCAACCAAGGUGUUGGAUUUUCCCAACAAUUCAAGUGAUAUAGUUUGGGUGUACGAUGGCAAUGUAAAAUAUUUUACUCCUGAUCACAUCGCUCGGUUUGUUGCUGCCGCCAUAAUCCUAAUUGCAGGUGGAUUGUUCACUGUACUGCUCUUCUUUGGACAAUGGUUUUCGAGCUGUUCAAAAGUUAUGAUAUGGACCAAGAACACAAAAUACAUUGGCUUCAUGGAUGCGUUCCAUGCUGCAUUCACUCCCAAACAUCGCUACUGGGUAGGACUGCUCCUUUUGGCUCUUAUUGUUCAUAAUCUAGUAGCUGCCAUGGCUUUGGACAAUUCUCUCCCUAUUUUAUCAUGUGGGAUUCUAUCAGUUGGACUGAUCAGCUGGAAACUAUUAAAUGUUCGUAUUUAUAAAUAUACAUUCUGUGAUUCUCUCGAAACUCUCUAUCUACUCAAUAUUACUAUUCUAGCAAUGGGCUCCUCCUAUAUCAACGAAACAAAAAAAGAUCAAUCAGCACUAGCCAAUAUUUCGAUGGCUAUAUCAUUUAUCAUAUUUGUGAUAACGCUCUCCUACCAUUUCUACCAAUUUGUUCUCAAGAAAAGCAAUACAUGGCUGAAGGUGGAAAACAUCGUAAGGAAUUUAGGAGUUGUGCUUGCAGGUAAGAGACUCCAACGAGCUAAUAAAGGCCUGGAAAUGCAUCAUCAAGUCUCCAAUGAAAGCGAUGAAGAUGAAUUACUUGAAGCAGUAGAUGAUUAUGAGCAAAGAGACCUCGAGUACCCCCCUUACACUGAUAGAACGAUGGAAGAAGCUGACCCUGAUCGCUAUAUCACUCCUCCCAUCAUCAGACCAGCCACGAGGCCAGAUCAGCUGAGACUAUCCUACAUGGAUGAACUAGCCCCCCUCACCACAGACGACUACAGACCAGCCCUCCCCCCUCCAAGAUCCAAACUUUGUCCCGUUGUUACACACACAGAAAUUGAUCCCCGUACAUAAUGAAGUAAGCUACAUCUAGCUGAGGUACCACCCCUACAUGACUUAUUGUGCACACGACAUAUUCUAUAGAAUAGCUGAUUUUCCAAUAUUCUUUUUGUUUUUACUAUAGAGAGAGACAAAACUAAAUAGCUAUAGCUGUGCAUGCUAUUAUGAUUUUUGUCGUGAUUGUAAUGUUUCCUUUUGAACAUCG